UCACUGACACCUUAUCAAUCAAGCCAGUGUUAUCUAAUCCCCGAUCAAAAGACGGAAUCGUUCCUUAUGUGAUAUCAAAGUUGAAUGAUACUUCCAUCCCGAUGUAUGCAGAUUAUGUUGAUUUAACAGCUUCACAGAACGAAAAGCAAGGGGCAAUGUCCACAGAGUAUUUAACACCAUCUUGCGGUUGUGCAUCCCAGUGUUAGAGUCAUCGUUCUGAACAUUUUGGGAAGACAAUACCUGGGAAACUUGCCACGUACAGUUGUGGUUGAAACCAGAAUAGUCUACGACGAUGCUCUUCACCAACAGAAAGGAAGUUAUCUCCCACAAUAUUUUGCAACGUUAAUGAGUAAGGUAAACCAGCUGUACACUGCGUUGCAAAACUCAACGCCUCAUUUUGUCAUUGUUGGUAUUGAUAAAUUGAUGAGUGAAGCAUACUUAGAAUUAACUCCCGAAAGACAUUUGGUGGUUUGCAACACUAUAAAGCCACUUAAUUAUUUUGUCAACCAAACUUGGAGGCCUGAUGUUGUGGCAUUUUUCUCAGGUUUACCAUAUAGUGUGCAGCACCAAAAACAAGAUUGGGAAUGGCACACGAACGAGAAGGCGCUGGAAAUGACGGUCUUUCCUGCGGCCCCAAUGCAGGAUAUCUGAUGGCACC